UCACACUGAAAAGCGUUCGAAAACACUCGACACACGUAGGCACACGGUACCCCAACUACUUUCCCACUGAAGUCACGAAAACACACGAGAGAGUGAUGUUUUCGAACGCAGAUAAAUUAUAUUGUGUAGAGAUUUUCUUUGGUACCAACAUUAUCCCCUCCACUUUUCGGGAAACUGUCGCCUAACCAUAGCAACUGUGUUUCUGCGUUCAAGCGAUACAAUAAACUUACAAAUGCAUAUGUUUAAUUUUAAUUGUACAAUAGCUUUUGCAAGUGAUAAAUGAAUACUUUAAGUACAAAACAGUACACGACGAUCGUAAUAGUGCAAUACACAAUAUUACUCUUUGAUAUUUGUGUAAAUUCAUUUGCAAGUUUCUCCAGACAAUACCCGAUAGAUUUGUUGGUGCUUUAUGUAAUUCAAGAUUUCUGCCUUAUUGCAAAUUUAACAUUUCUUUUGGUAAACUUCUUUUCUACUUAUAUUUUUCAGGCAGGAUUGAUACAACUGUUGUAUACAAGAUUCCGUAUGACAUUGAUAUUAUGUAUUGUAUACAUGAUACUAUCCAUUAGUUUACAUACAUGGCAUAUUACCAUACAUUGGUCAGCACCAUUACAACAUUAUUGGACUAGAGGAUUUCAUACUCUUUACUCUAUGCACAGAACAGUACUAUAUUAUUACUUUUACAAGAGAGCUUCUUUGAGAAUUGGUGAUCCAAGAUUUUACAAAGGCUCUGCUUGGUUACAGAAACAGCUGAGCAUUCCAUGAGUAAUUACAUGUAAAUGAAAUUAAAUAAAUUAAAUAAAAUAAAUUAAAAUUAAAUAGUAUAUGAAGGAUAAAAUUUGUAAUCUUAGUAUUUAAGCUAUUUGUACAGUGCAUUUAUAUUUAUACAAGUUUAUACUAAAUAUACAAAUACAGUAAUAAGAUUUAUAUAGCUUAUAAUUUAUGUACCAAAAUAGACUGAUUUCUAAAUUUAGAUAUGCAAAAAUUUUAUAUUUAUAAUACUUAUUUAAUAUAUUUAUAAUACUUAUUUACACAUGCAUAUACGUGUGUAAAUAAUACUAAAUAA